AAAAUUUGACAACUGUUGAUUGAAAAGGAACUAGAAAAAAAUGUCAACUUGAAAUGAUCAAUUUGAACUUCGAUUGUAAUUAGUUUAACUACAAGUCUCAAGUAAUUAACUUAUAAUUCUGUGAAUCAUUACUGUAGCAAUUAUGGAUAAUCAAGAUUUACCUGGAUUUGAAUGUUUGUUCAAAUCAGAAGUUGAACUAUAUCAAGAUAAUUACGACAAUUACCAAAUGAUCAAUUCGCUGAUUGUUGAGCCUGAUGAUCAGCUACAUCGACAAGUCGCCAAUGUCCGUGAGCGAAAUCGAACUCAGAGCUUAAAUCAAGCUCUUAAUUGUUUGAGGAAUUUGAUCCCAACCGAACCGGCGAAUCGUAAACUGUCCAAAAUCGAAACACUUCGAUUGGCCGUUUCGUACAUCAAACACCUUGAUAAUCUUCGGAUCGCCAGGCUUUCAGGAUAUUAUUUAAACGAUCCAUGUUUAAGAGGAAAUAAGUUAAUUGCUCAUAACAAUAAUAUCCCUGGGAAUCAAUUCAAAUCAAGUUUGGUUUGUACCUUUUGUUUAACUAAUCGUAAACAAUUAAAGUUAAAUAAGGAUUAAUUUGA